UCAUCAAUAUUUAGUAAACUAUAUCAAUUGCGUUAUCUUUAAGUUACAUUCCUUCUUUUUAAAAACGAUAUUUUCCCGAUGUAUUUAAAGAAAAUAGUUCCAGUCAUUCAUAAUUUAAUUUCACCUAUGUCAUGGGCAUGGCUGCUCUAGAUAGAUUCUAAGAUUUACACUGUAAAACUACGUCCACCAUGCCUACUGGUUCACAGAGUCGACUGCAGCAACUUGUUGUCUAGCUGGUGACUUCCAACCGCUCACAAGUCUGAAGUACAUUAGUUCAUCGAACAUGAGCAGCACAGAUGAUGUCCAUGCUUGCCCAGAGGACUACAGCUUGUCUGACCAUGGGUGUACACCAAAGAGGAAGAAAUCUCCACCUCCAUUGGACUCACUACCAGUCGAUGUACAAGAGGAAAUAGGAUGCAUGUAUGAAUUUUUACCAGAAAUUGCUGAUCACUUCGUUGUACUAAACAAAAUAGGGGAAGGGACAUUUAGUUCAGUUUUCCUGGCCAAACUGAAACACUACAGUGAAGUGAAACAGCUGUUUGCUUUGAAACACAUCAUCCCAACCAGCCAUCCCAGUCGGAUUGAGGGCGAGCUCAAAUGUCUACAAGAAAUUGGUGGCUGUGACAAUGUGAUGGGAGUGGAGCUCUGUAUCAGGAACAAGGACCAUGUUGUCAUUGUUAUGCCUUACUUUCCACAUGAAAAAUUCCAGGACUAUGUCCAGACGCUGAGUGUGCCCGAGGUGAGAGAUUACAUGAGGAACUUACUACUAGCCCUACGUCGAGUUCACCAGUUUGAUAUCAUUCAUAGGGACGUGAAACCAAGCAACUUCUUGUAUGACCAGAAAACAAAACAGUAUGCACUGGUAGAUUUUGGAUUGGCUCACAAAGCUCCAAUAUCACAAGCUGAGUUAGCAGCGAGUCAUCGCAAAGUAUCACAAUCCACAUCCAUUAGUAGCAGUAGGAGUAAUUCUUUGUCUCCGUCCAAACGAAAAGUUCUCACUCCCACUCAAGAAAUCAACCUACAGAACAUUCAAGAUUUCACCCAGAAAAUCGGACAGACACCUUCACCAGGGUUUACUAAGCUAGAACACUCUCAGACAAUUAAAUGUCGACAAUUUACUCCUCCUACCCCUGACAUUGCCAACAAAGUCUUUACAAAGCGUGUGAAAUCUCCACGCAGAAUGCUGCUAGCAAAGCGUGCCCUGAUGGUGAAGGAAAGGGAGACAAAUCUGACCAGGACUGGAUUGUCACAUCAGGGUCAGUCAUCUGGUGGGCUGUCUACCUGUCAGUGUUUUGGACAGCCUAUAGUGUGUACCUUGUGUACUGCGAGAAGUAAUCAACAAGCUCCGAGAGCUGGUACACCAGGCUUCAGGUCCCCCGAGGUAUUGAUGAAGUGUCCAGACCAAUCCACAGCUGUAGACAUAUGGUCAGCGGGGGUGAUAUUCCUGUCCCUCCUCAGUGGCCGGUAUCCCUUCUUCAGAGCAAAUGACGACCUUACAGCCCUUGCCCAGAUCAUCAGCAUCAUGGGCAGUGAGGAAGUGGUCGCCUCUGCUUCAACAUAUGGUAAAAAAUUACUGUGCAAUCCACCAACGCAUGCUUUGAAUUUGAAGAACUUGUGUAAUAAACUGAGAACUGGCCCGAGUUGUAGACAGAACCGUUCAAGCAGCAAACACAAUCCACAGGAAGAGGUGAAAGUAUUACAGUCCUGGGCCAGUGUUCCAGACUCUGUGUUUGAUCUUCUUCACAAACUUCUUGACUUAAAUCCUUCCAGUAGGAUAACGGCAGAGGAAGCUCUCAACCAUACCUUCUUCUCAUCAGGGUCCUGAUAUCAGCAGUUCUUGAGUGUUAACUCAAUCUUUAAAGAUGGCAGCUCGUAACUUAAACUUUACUUUGUUAAAUCAAUAACAUUCAUGGAUACUGAUUUUGAUUGACAGGGCUGUUUCUCUAAAAUAUCUUUCCACCCAAGGACUCCCUGUUUUACAAGAGGUAGAAAUUGAUCAUUAAAUUGCACAUAAGUAAGAGUUAUGAAAUGCAACCACAGAUAGAAGCGAUUUAUGUUGGAGUCCUUGGGUUGGGUAGAUUAUUUCACAGGAAUUGCUGUCAAUAUAUCUCAAAAAGUAAAAUUGAGAUAAAAUUAUUUAAUUAGUAUGAUUCAAAUGUUUGAUAUUUUAUGGUAAGGUCCUUCACAGGAAGCAUAUUGCAUGGCAGUUUAAAUAUAUAGUGAUUAUUAACCCUUUCACCACUGUGAACCACAAUGGACUCCUCCAGAUAAUGAAUGGAAUAGUCUACUAAAGUUACCAAAAGAUACAGUAUUUGAUACGUUUAGAUGAAUAAUAUUUUUUUCCAAGAAUUCAUAAAAUAUUAAUGGCAGUAUUUAAACAUCAAUUGUGAAUACAUUUAAAGUGAAAAUGAUAUGUUUGAAAGAUAUUAACAAAUAAUUGUAUCAUUAUCAGUUAUGCUUACAGGAAAUGUAAUGAAUUCCUUCAUCUUUAUUAAUAUCAAAAAAUACACAAUUGCCUUUUCAAAAAAUGGAGUUCCCCUAAAGCCUAGAUUGAUUCCUGGUUAAUGUUAUAAUCCAAAGAAAUUGUUAUAGGAUUUUGUCCAGGUGCAGCAAACAAUUAAGAUAGUUCUUAACAAGCAAAAUUAUUUCUUUUUAUUUGUCAAUGAAAUUUAUCUGACAGGUUUUGUCAUUAUACGUUGUUGAUAACACUACCCACCUCAAUAAUAAGAUUUGUUUGUAUCACUACUUGUUUCUGCUUUUCUUGUCUUUAAUUUAUUUAUAAACCUUGUUAUAGUUACUAGACAGCAUUCAAAAUAAGAUUCAUCAGUUAGGUAUGAAUAAGGAAGGCUGUUAGUUUUGAACACAAACAGGAAUUGAAAUAAAACUUUUUUUUUUUUUAAAUAAGUUUUCAAAUCCUGUUUGUGUUCAAAACAAACUUAGCCUUUGUCACUAGACAGUAGUUUUGCCAAAUAUCAGAUAUUUGAAAUGAUGUUUGAAAGUCUCUUAUAAAUCCAAUACUAAUACCGGCAGUAAAAUCUUAUGUUAAUGUACAAAUAUAUUACAAUUGAAAGAAAAAAUAAUUUACACAAAUUUUCAGGAAUCACUUUAUCAUGUACAAGGAAUUCAUAUUCUUACUUUUGAUUUCUUUAUCAAAUAUUUUAAAUAAGUAAAAUGAUUAAAAACAAAUUAAAAAAUUCUUGAAUGAAAUUGAUUUAAUUUAUAAAUUGAUAAGUAAGGGUACAUAUAUAUAUGAUACUGGUUUAAGAACUAUUUUUGUAUACACCUUUUGUAGUUUCAUUGAAUUCUUAACCUUAACAAACAUUGUCCUUCAUUGAUCAGUAAAUGUAUGACAUUCAUAAUGUGAUCAAUGCAAUUUUCUUGUGUCACUGUUAUAUUUUAUUAGGUAUGUAUGAUAUAGUUAAAGUUUAAUUAAAAGUCUAUAU